AUGUAAACAGUUCCUUUUAGCAGCUGCUGCUGGGUGAAGUCGGCGUUGUAGUAUCUCUGUGGGAUGCACAGAUUUUAAAUACAGAUUUUAAACUCAGAUUUUAAACCCCUUCUCAGUUCCUGGCAUUUUGCUGGAUUGUCCUCUCCUCUGCCGGCAACAGCAGCUGCUGCUUAUUCUGCAGCUUCAGAGGGCCAGGGGCUUCUCCCCACCAUCCAGUCAGAAGACAGACACUACGUUCAAGACCUAGAGACCAUGUCUGAAGGUUUUGUGCCCGCUUCUGCUAAAAGCAGCAAGAUCAAGAGGAGUAGCAUUGUUAUGAAUGUGACUGCAAAAGACCAAAGUGUGCCUAGGAAGUUAGUAUCCUCUACAACUUCUGCCACGAGACGCAUGAGUGUCUAUAGUACUAUGCAAGCAAGCAAGGUUGGAUCAUUAACUCGCCGUAGCAUCCUGAUAACCUCCGAGGCAAAAUCUGUGGAUAAGGGUUCUUUGGCAAGUUGUAAACCUCCUGUCCAGGUUUUCGAUGAGCUAGGAAGAGAUGUGACACCUCGUCCACUUUACCACCCAGAACCAAGUGCUGCAGUGCACAGACAAAGCAAAAUCUUAUCAGCCCAAGAUUUUGCUGGACUGACUCAGAAUGAAUUCCUAUCCUCAUUCUCUGCACAGCAAGCAUCUGGAGCCAGUAUUAGCCUGGCUGGCCCAUUCUCCAGGACUUAUGGUAGUAGCAGUAUUACAAAGUCAACCACUUCUUCUGAGUCAUUGACAGAAGAAAUUGUAGAACCUGGAUCCAGAAGAGAAACAAUUGCUAGUUUUACAGAUGUCCAGGUCAGGUGGGAGGAAGUGCCAGAGCAGCUGACCAAACAAGACCUAGAAAAGCGUGUGGAUGUUUUCCUCACAGAGACAGAAACCAUUUGGUUAUUCGACAUGCCAACUGUCAUGGUUUCUACAGAGUCUGAGGAAGUUGACAGCGUGAGGAAAAAUAAUGCAAUUUAUAUGGAACUCUGUAAAAACAGAGUGGGCAAUGAUCGCUAUACCAACAGAAUGAUGCAAACACUUAACGGAGCCCCGAAGGCAAAAGAAGUACAAUGUGACAAAAUUAUCAUGGCUGACAAAGAAAUGAUGGCUACUACUUGGGAUUUAUAUGAUUCUUUUCAAGCUUUGGAAGUAGCACUGCAGGAAACAAUGAGCCGACCACAAAGUUUGACAGGUAGUAAGUCAACCACAAUCAAAGAGCAUGACAGCAGAAACAUAUCUAUGGCUUCUGUGGACAAAGAUAGCAGAACGUCAAGUUCCAUCAUUGAUCUUGAAAGUGUAAUUCUCUCCCAAAUCCAAGAAGAAAUAGAAGAUCACUCAGAAGCCAUACUGAAGUCUGAAAAAUUUCAUCAAGACUUGUUUUACAUGGAGAGGAUCUUAAUGGAGAAUAUUUUCCAGCCAAAACUUGCAGUUUAUCGACAGCUUCCUGUCCUCUUAGAGCAAGGUGUCAAAUCUGAACGAAGUGAAUCUGUGUCUGAGGUGGAAUCAGAAAAGGAGGAAGAAGCAGAGGCAGAGGAGGAAGAAGCAGAGGAUGUGCUAUCUGUCAGGUCAUCUCUCUUGCUAGAACUUGGUGAAGGGCAAAAGGACAUACCGCCGCCCUUUAUGGAAGCCCUGUGGUCCUAUGGAUGUGAUUUGACUAGAGGCAACAAUGUCAGCUGUAUGGCUUGGAACAGGCUGAACCCUGAUCUUUUGGCUGUUGGCUAUGGGCAGUUUCGCUUUAAAGAGCAGAAGAAAGGCUUGGCUUGCUGCUGGUCAUUGAAGAACCCUCUGUGGCCAGAGCGUGUUUAUCAAUGUGCUCAUGGGGUAACGGCGCUGGAUUUCUCUGUCGCCAAUCCAAACCUCCUAGCAGUCGGACUGUUCAAUGGGACUAUUGAGAUCUACAAUGUUCAGACUCAUAAUACAACUUCUGUUUUAGAUAGCAGUGAAUCUCAUGAUAAACACUUAGGUCCCGUCUGGCAGUUGAAGUGGGUAGAGCAAGACAGGGGGACACCCGGAGAAGACAAAGGGGAGAUCCUAGUCUCCACAUCAGCAGAUGGAAGAGUAACUAAAUGGUUUGUUCAAAAAGGAUUAAGCUGCACUGACUUGAUGAAAUUAAAGCGAACAACAGGUGAAAAGAAAAAAGGAAUGGAAAAGAAAAGUGAAGCCUUAAUAUCACGACAAGCUCCAGGGCUAGCCUUCGAUUUUCAUCCAAAGGACACUAAUAUAUAUAUGGUUGGAACAGAAGAAGGCUACAUUCAUAAAUGCUCUUGUUCUUACAAUGAACAAUACCUGGAGACCUACAGAGGACACAAAGGUCCUGUAUACAAGAUAGCAUGGAAUCCAUUCAGUACAGAAGUGUUUCUAAGUUGUUCUGCAGACUGGAGUAUUAUAUUAUGGCGCCAUGAUUCUACCCACCCUGUCUUGACAUUCACUUCCACAACUAAUGUUAUUUAUGACAUAAUGUGGUCUCCCAGUUCAGCAUAUGUGUUUGCAGCUGCAAAUGAAACUAGAAUUGAAAUCUGGGAUCUUAGUGUCAGCACGCUGGACCCCUUGAUUGUGAACCCUGCCACUGGAAAUGUGAAAUUCACAACCGUACUUUUUGCUAAAAAUGCAGACUGUAUUCUGAUUGGGGACAGUGAUGGGUUAGUCACUGUGUAUGCACUAAGAAAUAUGAUUGCAUCAGACAGAAAAAAGGUGGACAUUUUGCAUGAUAUGAUUGGCUCUAAUUUAGCCUUUCCGGUAUAGCUCUUUACAGCAAUAUGGAGUGAAGACAGGAAGUGAUAUCUGACACCUGAUAUUUAAUUGUGCAAUGCUGAAAAAAGUUAUGCUCCUGUAAUUUUACACAGAGGGAUUUUGCCCACUGUGUGUUAUGUGCUAUCAAGUUACAUUCAACUUAUGGUGAUCCUAAUAUGGUUUUCAAGGUAUGUGAGGUUUUUAAAGAGUGGAUUUAUAAGUGCCCCCCACCCCACCCUGAAUUCACAGAACGUAAUGAACUGGUAAACUGAUGAUUAAAACUUACUGAGCUGGAUUGCUUCUAACAAACCAGUGUCCAGAAAGAAUACUUCCUUGUACAGAUUACUGGGUUGGACUACGUGCAUGGCAUGUGAAUGUUGUUCCUAAGGGUUUUUUUUUUUAAACAAAAGCCAUGGUAAGUAGCUGUAAUCUGGAACCACAUUUCACAGCAGAAUGAGAAAAUAUAAGAGGAAGGUAAUACAUGUUUACCUAAAGGAUGCUUUUUCUAACAAAACUAUCUUCUCUGAACUGCCUUUUUUUCUGGUGGUGGGAAAGACAGAGGAACUCUGAUCAUUGUCUACGCUGGGCAAAAAGCAGCUUGGAUUCAAUGUGUGUGAUUCUGAUGCACUAAAAGGUUCACAAUAAAGAUUCUCCCGUCUGCAGCUUCCUUCAUCUGGUUUGAAACAAACGAACAAACAUCAAGAUACAAUGUUCAAAACAAAGCAUGCCAUCAGACUGUUGUGCUCCCAGAUUCUCAGCUUAGCAGCCAUUUGUAUGACUUUGCUGCUGAACUAUUUCACUACUCCUGAUGCAGGGGAGCUUUUUGGUUCACAUCACUCCACUGCAGACAGCAAAGCAAUGGGACAGGGGAGGCUGUCUCAAGAUGGCACCUUAGAGUUUCAAAGGUCAAAACAACUAAAGGAAAAAUGGGUGCCACCUUGUGUGACAGCUGCUUGCUAUCAUAAGGAUGAAGGGAACAGGAAGCCAUUAGUUGUAAGAUAGCCCCAAACUUGGGAUGCUUCUCCUAGUUUGCAAGGAAGAGGCUGUCUUAACUGAGUCAAAACCACAGAAGGACAGUGCAUAAGGAGAAAGAGGUACUGACAUGAAAGGUUGUUUUCCUUAUCACAGUUUCAA